UGACUCGAAAAGUCGCACCUCAGCGGAGGAGCUGAUUCGAGUACAGUAUUGUGUCGCACCUCGUAACUUUAAGCUUCAGCGUUCUAGCGAUGUCCUCCGACUCGUCUCUACACACGCUUGCCCAAGUGCCCAGCGGAGGCAGCUUAGAAGAUGCGCUCGCAGACUCACUCUCUGGCAUUCAGUUCAUCGAUACCACAUUUUACGCAUGCACACGACGCUUGCAGUCUGGCAAAGCCGGGAAACCACGGGCUGUGCGAGCAAACAGCACUAUCCUGAAAGCAUCCUCGACUUACUUUCGUGGUCUCCUGUCGGGCCCGGCGUACUCUGUCGCGUCUUCAGAUGCACUUUCGGCAGAGCACUUUCAAGGAUCUGACGACCGUUACGAAUGCGAGUCGGACAGCGACCUGGAAGAUGAAGACGACGAUCUCGACGUUUUUGGCAGUUUGUUGGCCACCCCUAGCGAGGUCGAGUCUGCCAAGGAGAAGACCGACGAUAAGCCAGCUGGCCUACUUCAUACUGAUUCGGCUAGUGGAGCAGCAGCGAUUAAAGACGGUACACGUGCUGUGAGGAUGAACUCUGUGGCCGCUGACACACUGGAAGCUCUCAUCUUUUACAUCUAUACGGGAAACAUAUACUUCUUGCCGUUACGCUCGCAUGGUACAAAAGUCCGUGAGGAAGCCAAAGCCAAACAUCACAUAGAGCGUAAAAAUCGACCUUAUUGCUCCUGCAAAUCCAUUUACCGAUUUGCCGAUGAGGUCGGUCUCGCGGAGUUAAAACAACAAGCAGAGAACCGUCUAUUCUCUCAAUUGGAUGCCGAGAACAUCCUAGACGAGCUGUUCUCUCGCUUCACCUUGCAGUAUCCGGACAUCUUGACCCGCCAGAUCAGGGUCCUGCUCGAUAACUACUGGACCGCAUCCACGCAAGCAGCUCUGUCACCCAAAAUCCAAAGCGUCGUGCGUGGGGAUGUACCACACGCUGGUCCCGUUCUACUCUCGCUUCUUUCGCAUAUACCCGCUACGCCCAAACGGGUGCCACCGGCAGAUGUCAAGGAGCCUGCCAUCGCGCCACCUCCUACCAUACAAAAGCCUGCUACAUCUCCGCUUGUCACUGCACCUCCGCCCGUCGCUGCACUCUCACCUAUCGCUGUGCCCCGACCCGUCGCUACGCCCUCACCUGUUGCUGCACCCCCACCCACCGCCGCACCCUCACCCGCUGCCGCCGCCGCCGCCGUUGCAGCUGCAGAUCCUUCCAAGCCCGCUGCCUCAACACCAGAGGCUGUGAAAUCAAAGUCGAAACCAUCGAAGCCGAGCAAGGACAAAGGGAACGCCAGCAAUGUCUAAACGGGCCUGGAGGCGAUGGCUGCCACGGCUCGACUGCUUAGCCGCUAGCCGGGUUAUUGUUCUGCGGCUCAAUCGAUAACAACUCACUGACAGGUAUUCAUUCCCUCCCUUACUACGACUACCUAACGAUUACUUGCUGACCGCACUGCGUGCGGUCUCUGCGAACACCUUCCAGAAGAGAGGGAACGAGACUAGACUCGGAUGAGGGUUGAAACGUACAUGUACAUACCGUCAACUACCUGCAUACCGUUCCGGACGAAGCGAUCCACGACGAGCAAGGGCUUGUGCGCUGCGCGCCGCUCAACGACCGCCUGCGCGCUCUUACAGUCGACACCGAGGGCGCCUUCGCAGUAUGUUACAUCGUGCGCGGCGCAUGCCCCGGGCGACGGGCAGGACAUCGAGAACAGUCCGCGCAAAGCACUCGAGAUGGUGAAGAACCGCGUCGAGGGUGAGGCGGCUGUAGCGAGCUGAGCGAGCACUCUGGCAUCGAAACGAAGACGUGCUAGCUUGAUAUAUAUGUAUAUAUGCACCUGAAGAAGCGCUGCUUCAAGGCAGAGAUCUAUGUGUACAAAGCAAGGAGU